AUGGCACCACCGCUGCCCUUGUUCUGUCUCUGCAUCGCAGCCGCGCACCUAGUGGGAGCGCAAGAUGCUAACCCCACCAAGGAGCGCACUGCAGCCACCAGGGAACUUGUAGGAUGGCCGCCAGACCCCGGCCAGCCCUCGCCAGCCCUGGAGGACUGGGAGGAGGCCAGCGAGUGGACGUCGUGGUUCAACGUAGACCACCCCGGAGGAGAUGGCGACUUCGAGAGCCUGGCCGCCAUCCGCUUCUACUACGGUCCCGCGCGCGUGUGCCCGCGGCCGCUGGCGCUGGAGGCGCGCACCACAGACUGGGCGCUACCGGCCUCCAUGGGCGAGCGCGUGCACGCCAACCCGGCACGCGGUUUCUGGUGUCUCAAUCGGGAGCAGCCCCGAGGCCGCCGCUGCUCCAACUACCACGUGCGCUUCCGCUGCCCAGUGGGGGCCGCGUGGGGCGAAUGGGGCGCGUGGGGUCUCUGCUCCAAGAGCUGCGGGCCAGGCCGUCGCCUGCGCCGCCGCAGCUGUCAAAGCUCUUCUGGGGAUACGUGUCCUGGGAGCCCCCAGGAGGCGCAGAAGUGCGUGAGGUCCAGGUGUCCAGACGUGGGCCUGUACACGGACACGCGCUUCCCGGGCCCCGAGGGCUCCGGCCCUCGCUGUGGGGACGCGGGCGCUCGCUGCUGCUCGGUGCUGCGCCUGGAGAGCAGGGACAUCCGCUGCUCCGGCUACGUACUCCCGGUGAAGGUGGUGGCCGAGUGUGGCUGUCGCAAGUGCCUGCCCCGACGGGGGCUGGUGAGGGGCCGGGUGGUGGCUGCGGACUCGGGGGAGCCCCUGCGCUUCGCCAGCAUCCUGCUGGGCCGUGCGCCCAUCGGCUUCACCUCCUACCAGGGCGACUUCACCAUCGAGGUGCCGCCGGCCACCGAGCGCCUCGUGGUGACCUUCGUGGACCCGAGUGGAGAGUUCGUGGACAGCGUUCGCGUGCUGCCCUUCGACCCCCGCGGCGCCGGCGUGUACCACGAAGUCCGUGCGCUGCGCAAGGCGGCCACAGUGCUGCUGGACGCGGAGCGCGGCGGUGCAAUCCCGCUGGGCGGCGUGGAAGAGGCGCCGGCUCCAGCGCUAGGUGAGCUGGUUUUGCCGCCCGGUACCUUCCGCCACCCCGACGGCCGUCCCUACGCCGGGCCGGUGGAGGCGCGUGUCACCUUCGUGGACCCCCGUGACCUGGCGUCGGCGCGCGCGGCGUCCAGCGACCUGCGCUUCCUGGACAGCUCGGGCGAACUGGCGCCGCUGCGCACCUACGGCAUGUUCGCCGUCGACCUGCGCGCGCCCGGCUCUGCAGAGCAACUGCACGCGGCGCGCGCGACCGUGCGCGUGGACGCCGAGCACGUGCGCAUGCCCGGCCAUGCGGAGGCUCUGGCACUCUGGUCGCUGGAGCCGGAGACCGGCCUG